AUGAUUUCUAAAGGUUUUAUCUAUCGUCUUGUUUGGGUUAGGGAUAGAGAUUCUGAAACUCUUACUCUUGAGUUAGUUUCUGUUAUUAAUGAGUUUCCAAAAGUGCUUUCUGAUGAUUUUCCCAGUGUUUCUCCUAAAAGGCAGAUAGACUUUGGAAUUGACCAGAUACGCAACCUAUCUCUAUUCAUUACCGAUGGUUCACUUCGUAUGUGCAUUGACUAUUGGAAUUUGAAGAAGGUCCUGAGUGAGGAUGAACAUGUUGAUCACCUAAGCAUCAAUUUGCAAAUCCUCAAGGAUUAUCAAUUGUUUGCUAAGUUUAGCAAAUGUGAGUUUUGGUUGAGAUUGGUCUUGAUGCAAAAUGGGAAAGUAAUUGCUUAUGCUUUGAGACAACUGAAUUUUCAUGAGAAGUACUAUUUGACUCUUGAUUUGGAUUUAUCAGCGGUGCUCUUUGCUUUGAAGAUUUGGAGACAUCAUCUCUAUAAUGUUCAUGUGGAUGUGUUUGUCGAUCAUAAGAGUUUGCAAUAUGCAAAUGCGGUUGCCGAUGCUCUUAGCCGAUUGUUGAUGAGUAGUGUUGCUCACAUUGAGGAUGGUAAAAAAGAGUUAGUUCAUGAUUUUCAUCGACUAUCUCAUAUGGGUGUUCGCUUGGUUGACUCCGAGGAUGGUGGUACCAAGAGCUUGGCUAGACUAUGGUUGAGUUUAAGAGAGCGACUUUUGAAAAAGCCAUUGAGGCUUUCUCUCAAGUGGGAGAUAGUGUACUUCGUUACCAAGCGUGUGAUAAGAUUUGGAAAGAAUGGGAAGCUUAGUCCCCAUUAUGUAGGCCCAUACCAGAUUUUGAGACGUUUCAACAAGGUAGCCUAUGAGUUGGAUUUGCCUUCUGAAUUGGCGUCGAUGCAUCCAGUGUUUUAUGUUUUGUUAUUGAAAAAGUGUAUUAGUGAUCCUACUUCGGUUGUGCGUUUGGAGAGUGUUGGUGUUAAGGAAAGUCUUUCUUAUGAAGGGAUUCCAAACGAGAUUUUGGAUCAUCAAGUUUGGAAAUUGAGAAAUAAGGAAGAUGCUUCGAUGAAAUUCUUUGGAGAAAUCAAUUAG